UACACCACUGCUUCCACUUUUACCCUGUAUUUGAUAUCUUACUUUUUAGAACUGAACACAAUAAAAGAAUGUCGAUGUUAUUAUUUGUAGGCUGCAAAGGAAACUCUUUUGUUAAACUAAACAAUACAAUACCUGAGAAUAUCAAGAGUGGAGUUUCUUUGCAACAGCUGAAUUCAAGGAUUUACUAUGUGCAGUAAUACUUGUCCAGUUCAUCAGAAGAGCUGAUUGUUUACUAUAACUGACCAGACACUCCCACAAAACCGUGUAGUCUAUAUAAAAGGAGGAAUCAGUGAGGAAUAUUUUAUGAAAACAGCAGUUCAUCAAAGGAACUUCUUGGUCUCAUUAACAGUUAACACAACCAGUGCUGCGGCUCGCCCCACUAGGAUUCUUCUGUUUUCCAGAGUGAAAAUGGUUGAUUAUCAAGUGACCUUGUUCACUUCCUAUCUGGAUGAUGCCGGCACUUGUGACCAUAUCUUCAUUAAGCUGGUGGGAGAGGAUGGUGAGAGCGAACGCACAAGGGUCAUGGGCUCCAAGGGAGCGUCAUCCUUCAUCAGAGGAGCAGUGUCUACUUUUACUGUGUCCUGCCCUGUCUCCAUUGGAAAGCUGGUCCUGAUAGAGCUAGACAAACAGCCUUCCCAAAAUCCGGACAAGUGGUUUCCCACCAAGGUGGAAGUGAAAUCUCCCGAGGGAGACACCUUCAAGUUUCUCAUCUGCCGAUGGAUCACUGACAGCGAGGUGCAUUGCUUCGGAGAGGGAAUAGAGCCAGGCAAACAGCCGUUCCAAAAGCCAGACAUUGGGUUCCCCUUCCCUGCAGGAGACACCUACAACUAUUGCCGCAACAUUGACAGCGAGGUGCAUCGCGUCCUCUUCAGAGAGGGAAGAGUACCUGCUAGAAUGCUGUGUCUUCUUGGCUAUUAUUUUGGAUUGGACCCGGACAGGAAUCUGCGACAUCGCCUGGCUAGCCUGUACCUGGCACGUCUACCUGGUUACAGGGAGAACUGGCUUGAUAUUGAUGACAUCAGGAGGAUAUUUUGGUGGCAAAGCUUAUCAGAUCUAAUAGUUAAUUUUUGGACCUAUAUUUCUGGAAGCCAACCGGACAGGAAUCAGCGAGAGAAGGACUAUCGCUGGUAUGAGCAUACAAAGGGAAUACCCCACUGCAUGAAGGCAGAAAACCUCUCUGAUCUGCCUUCUGAGGUCCAGUUCUCCUUCACCAAGAAGGCAGGGUUUAAGCUCACUGCAGCUGUUGGGCUGGCUGAGCUGAAAGUGAAGGGACUGGCUGAUUCCAGGAAGAACUGGACUUGUAUUGAUGACAUCGAGGGGGUGUUCUGGUUCAACCGGACUGACAUAUCAGACUAUGUCCAGAAACAUUGGAAGGAGGAUGCUCUUUUUGCCUACCAGUUUCUAAAUGGCGUCAACCCCAUCUUGAUCCGACGCUGUUCAGCUCUGCCUCAUAACUUUCCUGUCACUGACGACAUGGUCUUCCCCAGUGGUCAGUUCAGCUUGGCAGAUGAAAUGGAGAAAGGCAACAUAUUCCUGUGUGACUACAAGCGUUUGGAUGGACUGAAAGCAAACACCAUCCAUGGGAAGCAGCAGUACUUGAUGGCUCCCCUCGUCCUGCUUCACAAAACACCUGAUAACAAGCUGAUGCCAGUUGCUAUUCAGCUGAAGCAGACUCCAGCAGAAGACAACCCCAUCUUCCUUCCUACUGAUUCUGAGUACGACUGGUUGACGGCCAAGAUCUUUGUGAGAAGUGCAGAUUUCAACGAGCAUCAACUCAACGCUCACCUGCUGCGCACUCAUCUGCUGGCUGAAGUGUUUGCAGUGUCACUGCUGCGCAACGUGCCCAGGACACAUUCACUGUUCAAGGUCCUUGCAGCUCACACUCGCUACACUCUGCAUAUCAACUUCUUGGCGAGAGAUAGUUUGAUAUCCGAGACUGGAGUUUUCACAAAGUUUGCAGCCACUGGUGGAGAGGGUUUGGUGACACUCCUGCAGAGAUCACUGUCCUCAGUGACCUACACCUCCCUCUGCAUACCAGACGACAUCGCUGAGCGUGGGCUGGAGGACGUGCCGAACUUCUACUACAGGGAUGAUGGACUCAAGCUUUGGGAUAUCAUCCACAGGUAUGUGCAGGGAGUGCUCAGCUUCUACUACAAGAAUAAUGAUGAGGUCCAGAAAGACGACGACCUGCAGAGGUGGAUUGGGGACAUUUUUGAACACGGAUUCCUUUCCCAAGAAGGCACAGGAAUUCCACAGAGCUUUACCACCGUGAAAGGGUUGGCCAAGUUUGUCACCAUGGUGAUCUUCAGUUGCUCAGCACAACACUCUGCUGUGAACGCUGGACAGUAUGACUAUGGAGGCUGGAUGCCCAACACUCCCAUCUCCCUGCAGCGUCCUCCACCAAAAACAAAGGGGACAACAAGCGAGGCCACGAUGCUGCAGACAUUACCUGACAUGGGCACAACGGCUAAUGGAAUGGCCAUCAUGUGGUUACUCAGCAAAUCAUCCUAUGACUUUGUCGGUCUUGGCAAGUCUCUGGAGGGCCAUCACAGUGAGGAGAUUCCCUCCCAAUAUGUAAAGGCUUUUCAAGGAGAGCUUCAAACAUUAAGCGCACGCAUCAAAAUCAGAAACAUUGGUCUGGAGGUGCCAUACACAUACCUGGAUCCAGCUGUGAUAGAAAACAGUGUGGCCAUUUGAAUAUCAGAAGGUGUGACCCUCUCAGCUGUUUCAGCCAAAUACAGCUUCAUAUUAACAAAAAUGAGAAAGGUAAAAUCUGCAUGCUCUGUUUUAACUGGUACUAUGGUGGAAGGAAGCUACUGCAUGUGAUCAUUUUAUAGUGAUCUGUGAUUUCUGUACAGCCUGAUUGAUUUUAAUGUGGUGAAAAUCUGGUUUAAAUCAUAAUCUACAUCUUAAAUCUUCUUAGUAUGUCGGUGAAUAUGCAGGGUCUCUUAUCAAACUCAGUUACUGUGGGGAAAAAUAUUAUUUUGCAUUAAGACUGUAACACUUUAGAAGCAAACUGUGCCUUAUGACUUACUGUCAUAAUGAAGUAUAAAUAAAUGUAGGUACCUAUGUUUUGCUUGAUUUACUGCAUGCUCUGUAUCUGUAUGUUAGAAAAAUAGGUGAGUAUUAGAGGACAAAACUUUAAAGUGAACUGUGUCUCUUUCAUCUCGUGUGAAAAACAAGUAUUUGUCACUCAGAACAAAGUAUGCUCAGUUUCAUGGAGGACAGGAGGUUCCUGUAACCACAGAAAGAGACAGUGCUUCAUUGACCCUGUGUUCCAUGAGGGAGGUGCUUCUUUCUGUCCUUGUCCUUGUUUUACACUUUUUAUAAAAACAAUUUCCCUCAGUUGCAAAAGUUGAAUACAAUAAGUGAAGCUGCUGCAUUGACAAGUUACAGUAUAAACACAUGUAUCAUCCACAAACAAAAUGUGACAAUCUGCAUGUGCUGUAGAAGGGAAAACAAACAUGGUGCAUAUUAAUGUAAAAGUAAUUUGGCUGAUUUGUCAUUGGAUAAUCACAGCAAAGCCCGAAUUAAACACAGGGCCAAACACAUUUGACUUAGCACAUUUAGAUGUCAGUUCUUAAUUAAUCGUACCUAUAUUCAGCACAUCUUCAUAUUAUAGAAAUUUGCUCUUAUUUUGUUAUGACGUGGCAUGAAAUGUUAAUCUGUGUGUGUGAAUUAAUCCAUUUAAUACUUUCUCUGGGUGGUGAUUUUUGAUCAAUACUUUCUACUGUCACUAAGGUCUACUGUAAACUUAAAUAAAGUACUGGUUAAGUCUA